CGCGAAAUUUCUUCUAAUGAAAAUAAAUAAAAUGUCGAUGUUUAAAAGUCUCAAUUAAAAUACUAAUAAACCAAGCAAAAUGGACAAACUAACUGUUAUUUCUGGUACGCUUUUUAUGGCUGCAGAUGUUUUCGCUAUAGUCAGCUUAGCGAUGCCUGACUGGAUUAUUACAGAUGUGGGAGGUGACACUCGUCUAGGUCUGAUGUGGUCUUGCAUAUCGUUGUAUGACAGGCCUCAAGUUUGCUUCACACCUGACCUUCAGCCCGAGUGGUUGUUAGCCUUGAUCUGUAUAUUCAUAGGCUGCAUCUGUAUUACAACCACAGUUAUCCUGUUGGCUUCAAGUCACUUCGACAGAAAUGUUAUCCCAUAUGCAAGAUGGGUUGGUUUUGCUGCAAUGGUGGUGUUCUGCAUGGCCGCGGUGAUAUUCCCCAUGGGGUUCCACGUGGACGAGAUCGGCGGCCAGCCAUACCAGCUGCCCAACAGCCACCAAGUGGGCAUCUCCUACAUCCUGUUUGUACUCUCUCUGUGGAUCACCGUGGUUUCGGAGCUCUUUGCGGGAAAAGUUUGCCUUCCGCAUUUCUAAAGUUAAUGCACCCCCUAUUUGGCCAUAGUAUUGUAUAAUGGAUCUCCUUGUUUUGAACUUUAACCCCUUAAGUUCAGGGCGAAAAACAAAGAAAAAAUAAUUUGAGUUGCCACGGCCGUUUAUGGGUUGAACAAUGCUCCAAAAAAACUUACAGCCAUCCUUAAUUUACUUACAUCAGACAUCAGAGCUGAUGCAAUCUUUAUAAUUUAUAAAUAUUCAAGAUCUGAACAUUCCACUUUAUGUAAUUUUGUAUAUACAAAAUAUAGGUAAUUUUAAUAGAUGGGUAAUGAACCUAUAAUAAGUUAAUUAUAAUAUAAGUAUAAGGUAAUUGGAUUAUUGCUAUUUAAUAAAUGUUAAUCAAUU